AUGGGCUCCCAGACGCCUCUCAGGCUUCCUGUCAUAGAUUUCUCCAAGCUUGAGCCAAAACCAGGCACUCCUGAAUGGGAACUGGUGAAAUCCCAAGUCCACCAAGCACUCCAAGAGUUCGGUUGCUUCGAGGCCUUGUUCGACAAAGUUACAUUCGAGCUUCGAACUGCACUAUUCAAAAAACUAGAAGAGCUUUUUGAUCUCCCUAUCCAAACCAAACUGAGAAACUCCUCUGAAAAGCCAUACCAUGGCUAUGUUGGGCAGUACCCAAUGGUGCCACUCUACGAAAGCAUGGGCAUCGAACAUGCAACGAUUCCCGAGAAGACUGAAGACUUCAGUAAUCUCUUGUGGCCUGAAGGAAACCCAAGUUUCCAUAAAACCAUACAAUCCUACUCGGAGCAGCUUUCUGGGUUGGAUUUGAUGGUGAGGAAGAUGGUAUUGGAGAGCUUGGGCGUUGAUAAAUACUAUGAUGAGCACAAGGAGUCCACAAACUAUCUUCUGCGGGUCAUGAAAUAUAAAGGACCCCAAACGGCAGAAAAGAAACUUGGGCUGAACUCUCACACAGACAAGAACAUUGUCACCGUUCUUUACCAGAAUCAAGUUGAUGGGUUGGAGGUGCAGACCAAAGACGGAGAAUGGAUCGAUGUUAAGCCCUCACCGGAGUCCUUCAUUGUUAUGAUUGGAGACUCUUUCUAUGCAUGGACAAAUGGGAGACUGCAUUCUGCUUAUCACAGGGUGAUGAUGAGGGGAGAGCAAGCGAGGUACUCGGCGGGACUGUUCUCGAUCCCGAAAGAAGGGUAUAUGAUAAAAGCUCCAGAGGAGCUGGUGGAUGACGAGCACCCUUUGCUCUUCAAGCCCUUCGAUCAUUUUGAGUUCCUUGGUUUCUACUACAGCGAGGCCGGUCAGAAAGCCCAAUCCGCUCUCAAAACUUACUGUGGGAUCUGA